GCAUGUCAGCGGUUUGAGUGUGUGUUACCUUCCGAGGUCUGCGAUCUUCCAAGCAAAGAACCCCGACCGAGUUCCAGAGUCCGAAGGAAUGCAGCGCAGGAAGCUCUGCAGAUCCUCUCCAGUGGGUCUCCAGCCUGCCUGGAGCCCAGAAUCGGGCCUGUUGGGCAAGGCAUGGGAAGUUGUGGAUCAGUCCCUGAAUGAGAGAAUUGCCACAGCAGCUCUAGAAGAGUUACUUUUUUUUUAAUGUUGAAACUGUAAGCUCGUUUUGUUAUAUGCCUGUCAGAGCGGGCUCUGGGGCCAUGGCUGGGGCUCCCAAGUGCUCUGCCAAUACCAAUAAUAAAUUAAUUCAUCAUGAACAAUGAGGAAUUAAUACCCUCCCAUUACAGUCAAUUACUGCAGGGAACCUAUUCUCCUCAGUCAAAAAACACAGCUCUUGAGAUACAGUCCAGAGGUCAGACGUUUUCUUCAGCUGGGUGAGAUCUGUGGCCUUCCCUACUAGAAGGAUGGACGCUUUGGGGUAAGCAUGGGUAGCUGUUUCUGCUCGACUGUACUGCGAGGGGUCACCAGCCCUUUGCGGUGGGAUUUAAAUAGCAGCCAUGGAGGGACCGCAAAUAGCUAUGUGCCUUAAAGAUGCAACGGGAAAAUGGCUUGCCUGGACAGCCAGAGAAGGAAUGCUGGUGAGAUCUAUGUGGAGGCUCCGGACCUGAUCCAUCUUUCCUAAUGGUCACUGAGCUGUUGCCAGUGAGAGCUGGAGGCAACUGCUGGCCUUUCUGCUGCUUGGUUAGAGGACGAGAGGAGGUGGCUGUCUGUCCCUAAAGUCUACGUCCUCCAGCCUUGGAUUUUGAACCUCUUGAUGAAAUACGAACAGUUGGACUCCAGAAAUACUCAGGUGCCUGGGCAUAUCCUGAAAGUUGUGAACGACUUGAAGGCUGCAGACCAAGGCAGUGCCGCCGUCCUGCACAUCUCAGAUGGAUCCUACUACAUCCGGGUGGUCGUCUCCCCGGAAGCUGUGCAGAUGGCAGAAUGUGUUCAACUGCAGUCCGGGUUCUCCAACAUCGUUGGCAGGAUUAUCAUCUUGCAGAAGUACAUGGUGUGCUUCCAGGAGGAGACCAAAGCGGAGGAGUGCGAGUUCUACCUGUCCGUCCACCAGUUCAUCGUGUUGCCCUUGCAGAGGCAGAGGAUGGAGGCGCUGAACUGUAAUCAGGAGCCCUCAAUCCUCCAGAAGAUAAAGGAACUGUGGCAGAGAGGCCUCACCCUGAAGACUCUUUCCUCCUCAGGGAUGUCGGUGUCUCAGUUAAUGAUCGACAUAGGGCAGAGACGGCUCAAGGUUUUGAAGCAGAAUGUUGAGGAUUGCUUGGAUUUACUGGACCCAAGUGAGGUGCCAGCCAUAGGGGAGAGGCUCCCUGUCACCAGCUGGGAGGUGGAGCGCAAGAGAGAGCUGAGUAAAGACGUCUUUACAGUGCCAGUCAACUUCCUAGUGAUCGGCCCGGAGGAGAAGGCGGCGAUUCGUGAUGCCUGCCUGGCAGGAGCUCCUCACACCGUUCCUGGGAGAAGCCACCUUGACAGGGACCUGGCUGACUGUAGUGUAGUGUCAUGCCCCAGUGACCCUGGCGCAAUGUCCCGAAGUUUGGACGUAUCCCUGGAUAAUCCCUGGGACAAGCUUCAAUCAGUGUCCGUGACUCUGUCCUCCUCCUUGGAAGAGAAGUCCAUUAUCCAGCCCAGCCUGCCAAGCACACAAGAGGCCCAGCUGCCCAACUCCACAGAGGAGGUGGCCAUCACACAGCCUGACAGCAACACCCCAGAUUUCUUGGAGCCUUCCUGCCAGCAGUCCCCUUGUAGCCUAGCCCAGGAUGAACCAGCGGAGACUGUAUCCCCAUCACUGCUGUCCUUCAGCAGUACAUGUCCCCCAGAGGCUGCCAGUCAAGGAACAGCUGCUGCCACGUUCCAGAGGGCACCUGAUGUGGGUAAACACCCUGAUGCCAGCCAUGACAUCCCCUGCGGCCAGCCAUCUGCAGCUUUCCAAACCAAUCUGUGCCCUUGCUCUCCUGCGCUUCCCAUUUUGGGCAGCAUCAACAGCAGAGCAGCACCCCCUGCAAAUGGAGGGCAGGCUGAUCUCGGUGGCGCGGCGUCCCUCCCAGACGUGGAGAACAGCAGUCUGGCAAGCUCUGAAUGGGACACUGAGCUGGGGGGCGGAGCUGGGGGAAAAGAUCUGUCCAGGAGCAGGCAGCACAGGGUGACGAAGAGAAAGCUGCUGGUGGAUGACAGUAAGGCCCACGGCGAGGUUUUGCCCAACCCAGGCAAAACCCAUCAGAGAGCACAGAGGAAACCUCCCCAUGCGGAUGUGCCCAUGGGGGACGAGCGCUGCAUGGACGCCAACGUAGUGGGCCAGAACCCAGGUGUGGAGUUGGUGAGUGCUCAGAGAGCCAAGAAGAGCAGGCUGGAGCAGGCCGGGCCAGCUCAGGAGCCUGCACUGCCCAGGGACCCGGAGGGGCUGCCAGGAAGGGGGAAUGAGAGAGCAGCAGUUGGGAGCGUGGCUGCGUCUGGGUCAGGCCAGCACAGAGCCCAGGAGCAGAAGUAUGUGAAAACAACCCCACUUCAAUACACCUACAAGGCCCCAACGCCGGAUCUCUGUGCCCGAGUGAACUCCACCAGGAUCUCGAAGGCGAUGCUGCGAUGGGCCUGCUGGGUGAUCACCAAAGCUGAGCAGCCCUGAGCGAAGGCCUGGUGGAGUUGCAAUGUGCUGUACAUAGGUUCUCCUGUUCUUGUUCACGGCUUACCCGAAGGGACGAGCAUGGAACGGUGUGACUCGAUAGCCAUGCAGAGUAGGCCCUUGGGCACUCGUUACCCAAAAGGCACCUCCAGUCCCAAUGACUCCUGCCCAGCCUCUUGGAAUAGCUACAGUGGCGUAUGCUGGGAGUCCCCUGCCACGGUGGGGGCAGCCGAAGGGCUGUGGCUGCCGCAUGGAAGCAGCAUGCAGGAGCCGUCACUGGUACAGUGUGACACAGAGACUGAAUCUCCUGCUUGGCUGCGAAGGACAACUGGGUUUUUCCCUGUGCUCCACGGAGAAGGGCUGGUGUAGGGAAUGUCGAGUAGACACAAGUCAUCCUGGCAGCUGGAUACCUUGGGGCUGUGGGAUAUUCUGCUCUCCCUCCUCCCUACACUCACCUCUUCAGCAUGUUAAACCCCAGCUGGAAAGCAACGCCCUGUUGUGCACACCAGCCCGGUCUGUUAUUUGUCAAGGAAUGCAAUGAGCUGGGAUAGGAGACACGCACACGCAGAGCACCUGUGAGCAAGAGGCUUGCUACAGCUCCUUACAACCUGCAGCUUCCCUUAACUGGGCUAAUGCCCCAGCCCCAGGCUCCAGCCAGAGGAGUUCCAUGUUGUAGCAGAGGUAGCCUUCCUUAUCCGCAGCAGCGCACCCCUCUACCAAUUGCAGCUCUGGAGUCACUGCACUAGUUUGGUCUUUUAAUGCUUAGUUUGAUUAGAUUCCUGCUCCGUUUGUUACAAAAUAUUUCAUAUGGUUUAUGCUUUGGAAAUGAAAAAUAAAGUGUCUAUUUUUAAA